AGAGACAUCAGGGGUGAGUGCACCUAACAAGAAUAGGGUCACAGAGAGAAGGGGUCAUUGCUAGCUAUUGGAUGACGCUGGCACAUGUAAGAGCUGACACCCUGCUGGAUUAUGGCCUAGGACGGUCAAGGCUGGCUACAUCACUUCAAUCUUUCUGGAGUGGAUCUGAGCACAGUGCUGUCACUUGUCCCAGAAUUAAUAUUGAAAACCAAAUUAGCUAAUCUGUUUACAAUUAUUAUUAAACUCCAUUAAAAGGAGAGUUUGCUGAAAAUCAAAUCAUGGGAGAUUAUUAUGAAAUCCUCGGGGUGUCUCGAAACGCCAACCAGGACGACAUUAAACGAGCGUAUCGGAAGCAAGCUUUGAAGUGGCAUCCUGAUAAAAACCCAGACAAUAAGGAGUAUGCAGAGCAAAAAUUUAAAGAUAUAGCUGAGGCCUAUGAAGUUCUGUCUGAUGUACACAAACGAGAAGCAUAUGACCGUUACGGUAAAUCUGGAAUCUCUGGAGCAGGUUCUGCCCAAUCCUCUUCUGACCAUGCAUUUUCUGGAUUUGAAUUCACAUUCCGCAGCCCGGAGGAAGUGUUUCGGGAAUUCUUUGGAGGGAGAGAUCCCUUCUCUGAUUUAUUUGAUGACUUUGGUUUAUUCUCCAAUCUGCGCAAUGAUGGCGCUCAGCGUUCCCUUUUCUCGCACUCCUUUCCAUCUGACUCAGCAUUCACCUCCUUUUCAUCAUUCGGAAAUCACAGUCUGGGGAGUUCUGGACAAUUUUGCUCUGUGUCUACCAGCACAAAGAUUGUUAAUGGCAAACGGUUAACAACCAAAAGGACGGUGAAGGACGGUGUUGAGCACCUGGAGGUGGAAGAAGACGGACAACUGAAGUCCAUCUGGGUAAAUGGUGUAGAAGACGAGCUGGCUCUGGCACUGGAGAUGAGCAAACGGGAGCACAGCCAGAUGCCAACUUCUAGCACUGCUCAAAGGAGUUCCCCUCCCAGCGUACAGAGGUCUCAGAGUUCUGCUCCUGCGUAUUAUGUGAUGGAUAGUGAUGAUGAAGAUGAAGAUCUGCAGCUCGCGAUGGCUUACAGCCUUUCAGAAAUGGAGGCAGCGGGGCAGCACCAAGCAGGUGUGGAAUGUAGAAGUAAAGCAGGUCCAGGAAAGGAAAUGGGUGCAGGGGAGAAGCAGGCAGCAGAGCAACACAGACAGCACAAUGUUGGCACCCAGAGAGAUGAGCAACGGGCGGGACUGCCACAGGAACACCAGCCAACAGGGGUGGGAAGCAGGGGCACAGAGGUGCUGUCUGAUGGAGAGACUGGGGACAAGAGUAAUGAUACCAAGAGUAGAUGUUACAUCUGUUAAUGGUUUAACCUUAAUCUAUAACUAUAGACAUGCACACGCCAAAGGCAUUACAUAGAAUUACCUGAGUGCAUGCCACCUGCCUACAGUACUCCAUAGUGCUUUGUAAAUGGAAGAUUUUGGGUGUAAAUUAGUGAAACCUGUUUGUCCAUUAAUCUCCGACAGCUCUGUAAAUGUGCUGCUUUGGAACCCAGUGUCUCACUAAGAGAAUUCCUGGAGACUUAAGGCAGCUUGGGACCUUCAGGCUGAAAAGCUUGAGAUGCCCUGG